CUGUGAGGCACUUUAUUUUACUAGAGAUUUUCCUCUUGAAGCAGAUAUUGAAAGAAUGGAUGUUGAAUGUCAUUGUUGUGGUGCACUUUAUUUUCAGAAAAAACUAACUGCUAGAGACUUGGAUCAAUUCACAUCCUGCUGUCAUAAAGGCACUGUGGUGCUGUCACCUCUUUUACUAUUUCCUAAUGAGCUAAAAUCAUUUUUUCUUCAAGAGCAUCCAUUAUCUAAAACUUUUUUUAAGAAUAUUCAUAAAUAUAAUGUAUUACUGUCACAAUUAGAUUUAAUACUUUGGAAAGUUAGUCCUUUUGCACAAGCAUUUCAAAUGAUGAAAGAGGUUCAACAUAAAGAGAAUAAUACUGCAAUAGAGCAAGUUGCUGCAAUCUUCAUUGGCUCUGGAGAUUGUGAUUUUCCCUCUCAUUAUCUUGCUGUAUAUCCAUGUAGUGAUCAGCUUAAAACCAUUCCAGUAAUUAAUG